AUGUUGGCUACAACUUACAGUAGGCAAAAGUCAUAUGCAGAUAACAGGAAGCGGCCCUUAGAGUUUGAUGUUGCUGACCAGGUUUAUUUGAAGAUAUCACCUCUCAAAGGGGUGAUGAGGUUUGGCACGAAGGAGAAGUUAAGUCCAAGGUAUGUUGGGCGAUAUGAGGUCCUCCAACGUGCGGGUAAGGUGGCCUAUGAGUUCUCAUCACUUGAGAAGCUAGCUUCCGUUCAUCCAAUAUUUCAUGUGUCAAUGUUGAAGAAUUGUCUGGGUGAUCCAACAUCGAUUCUACUAAUUGAAUGUUUGGGGGUUGAUGAAGACUUCUCCUAUGAGGAGAUAGCUAUUGAUAUUCUAGACAGACAGGUCAAGCCGCUGAGAAUCAAAGAGGUUGCCACAGUUAAGGUAUUGAGGAGGAACCAUCCUGUUGAAGGUGCUACGUGGUAG